AUGGCGCGCUACAAUCACUUCCUGAUUGUAUUAAAUUCCAUGAUUGCUGCUUUGUUCUUCACAUUGCAUUGUAUUGGAUGUACUAAUGCUAAGCAUGCAGUUGAGGAGCCCUCGAUUGCAGAUGGGAAAGGGCAAUGGCAACUGCUUCUGGACAACACUGAAGUGGUGGCAAUGCAUAUGGCCCUAACUCACCGCAACACAGUCUUAAUCUUUGAUCAAACAGAAGCAGGCCCUUCCGGGCACCAGCUUCGAAGGCGCUACCAUGGCACUAGGUGUACUCAAAUGCGCAAGGACGUAGAAGACUCAGCAUGCUAUGCGCACUCGGUGGAGUACGACAUUGCUAGUAACAAGCUGAGGCCUCUGACGCUUACGACUGAUACUUGGUGCUCCUCGGGUUCUUUCUUGAGCAAUGGGACACUUCUGCAAACCGGUGGACAUGGAAGAGGAGGUCAGAGAGUUCGAUACUUUAGUCCUUGUGGGGGAAAUGAUCACUGCGAUUGGAGGGAAUCGAAGCAGUCACUGACUAAUGAUCGUUGGUUUUCAUCCAGUCUUAGACUCCCGGAGGAGGAUUGGGUUAUUGUUGUGGGUGGAAGAAAGGUAUUUACUUAUGAAUUUAUACCAAAGCAGUAUUCCAAUUACGAAGGCUCUUUUGACUUCCCAUUCUUGCGCAACACAUAUCAAGAAGGAGAAGGAGGGAACAAUCUAUAUCCAUUCCUUCACAUAUGUCCGAAUGGCAGAUUGUUCAUAUUUGCCAACCGUGACUCGAUUCUCUUUAACUACCGAGCAAACGUAGUGGUCAAGUACUUCCCACGCAUACCCGGAGAAGGCUCUAGGAACUUCCCCAGCUCCGGCUCAUCGGUCAUUCUCCCUUUAGACUACACAAACGGCUUUGAAAAGGCUGAAGUCAUGGUGUGCGGUGGUGCGGCCAAUGGAGCUUAUAGAGCCGCAAGAGAGGGGAGGUACUUGAAAGCCUUGAGCUCUUGUGGAAGAAUGAUGAUCACAGGUAACAAACACAAGUGGAACAUGGAGUACAUGCCCGGUCCACGCCUCUUAAGCGACAUGCUGCUACUCCCAACCGGAGAUGUCCUGAUCAUCAAUGGAGCUAAAAAUGGUGCUGCAGGUUGGAACAAUGCAAGAAAUGCUUCACUCGAGCCUUACCUUUACCACCCAAGGAAGGCAUUGAGCAGAAGGUUCUCAGUGCUCAAGGCCACAAGAAUUCCUAGAAUGUAUCACUCCUCGGCGGCUCUUUUACCCGAUGGGAGGGUUUUAGUCGCCGGCAGUAACCCUCACGAUAGGUACAUUUUCGAAAAGGUGGCAUACCCAACGGAGCUUAGCCUACAAGCAUUUGUUCCACCCUAUAUGGUUGGUCAGCACCAUCAAUCUAGACCUACUAAUGUUACCGUACACUAUGGUAAGUAUGAUUCUAAUGGUGUGAGGUAUGGGGGGGAGUUCAAUGUGAGAUUUUGGUUGGGGACUAAUUCGACCAAAUCGGUGGAGUUCACUGCUUAUGCUCCGCCGUUCACGUCACACUCGAUAUCGAUGAAUCAGAGACUACUGAGGCUGAGGUGCAAGAGUUUGGUGAGGGAUCAAGAUGGAUGGGUAGCUGCAGUGUUGGAGGCUCCUCCGUCUCCUUCUGUUGCGCCAGCUGGUUAUUACAUGCUCACUGUUGUUAAUGGUGGAAUUCCUAGCGUGUCUCAGUGGAUGAGGAUCCUAAAUACUUCCGGAAAUGCUUCUUGA